AUGGCCUACUUCUUACCGUCGUUCUUUCAAAAGCGACUCCUCAAAUAUGCCCUGUCUCGUUUGGGGGUCGUGGAUACAGAAGACCUGGAUCUAGACAAUUUGGGCAUCCAAUGGGGACAGCGGAGCACAGUUGAACUGCGUGAUAUUGGCCUGAAGUUGAACAAACUAGCAACUCUCCUCAGCCUCCCGGAAACCUUCGAACUACUUAGUGCCCGGAUCCACUUUCUUCGCCUCACUGUCCCAGCCGACAUCUACAGCAGCGGGAUCAUAUGCGAGGCGGACGGUAUCAACGUUCAUGUUCGAUGCUUGUCGGAAGACUAUGUAUCGAAACAUGGAAAACAUGAAAAUUCGACGGAAAAACAACCUUAUAUGGGUGUCCAUGGCUCACUGGACGAACAGAUCCUGCCAACACCAACGAGACUUGCUGAGUCGUUCUUAGAAUCUGAACCGAGUGAAGAAAAGGAGGAACUACAAGCCGCAAUAUCAUCGCAAUCACAUGUCUUACAAAAUUCAUCAUCAUUUGGUGAUGAAGAGGAAGAAGAACUUGGGCUUGGGGGCGAAAUGUCUUUGCCCAGCUUCGUUGCAGGGUUUCUGAAAGGCGUUGCGGAUCGGCUGCAGCUUAAAAUAAAGAACGUUUCUGUACGGCUCGAUAUGGAACUUGAGCAGGAUGGACCUUCCAAGAAACAGCCUGAAUACAAGUCGGAUCUUGUUUCAGGCUUCUUGACCCUGGGUGAGGUCGAGGUACUUGGUGUUUCUGGGUUUACAGCAAAUUCAGACGGAUCUCUCCCAUUCAAAGAAGGCAAGCGGCUUGUUAGCCUUGUUGAUUUCAACGCCGGUCUAGUCUCGGAUCCGGCUGUCUUCGCAAAUUAUUCGCACUUCACUGCGCCUGCAUCACCAACGACUACGCGAUCAAAAGAAAGCCAAUCCACAAGCAGAGAUCAUUCUCCCCCGCUGGAUUCUCCAAGUCCGGAGAAUUCGAUGUGCAUGACUCAAUCAACAAUCUUUGAUCCUCUUCCGGAGCUUAGCCGGGUAAGCAUCGCUGACCAUGAAUUGGAGUCAUCUGCUAUCUCUCAUGAUGGGCGUUUCUCGGAUGCAGAUUCAGAAAUAGGGGACAGAGCGCAUCACUACUCGGAGGAUUCACAACUUCUAGGUCACACAUUUGAAGAUAACCCUGGGUAUCUGGAUUCGGUGAUAGAAACCCAGUUAGAUGACUUUGGUGCCGAGACGCCCAGCUUUUUUGAGCCUCAACGGCAUCCUAUCGAAGAAAGUCAUGCGAUAUUACCCGAUGGCAAUUCUUCAUUGCAUGCUGCCGAGAGUAUAGAAGAGCACGAGAAUGCAGACUCAUCAGGGGGCAUUAUUGGAACUGGAACUCACAUUUCACAACAUGGUAGCCAAUUUGGGCUUGAACCAGCUGACAUGGCAGCAUCGAUACCAUAUUCCCAUCGCCAAGAGGAAGGGAUUUCUUCACUACAAAUGAGUGACCCAGGAAACAACCCACUUGUAUCUGCUCCGCCCUCUGAGUCUGGCAGUGAAGAUUCGGCAUCAUCGGCAAUGGAUGCGCACCUUACCGAAUCCAAAUUUUUCUCUCAUGAUGAAGCACAGAGCUUAUACAUGAGUGCUAUUAGCCGGAGUGCCGGUGCGAGCUUUAUGCCAAACAUGCCUGGAGCAUGGGACUCAUUUCAUGACAGAGAUGCGGAACAUGACCAGAAAGAAAACGCGAAUUCUACUAAUGCGGCUGAGGUCUCAACACCGAAAUCGACUGUCCCAUCAGACACCUACUUUGGGGAUCAUCAAAGCACGGAAGAAAAACAAACACAAUUCGAAGCCUCGGCGACUGAAAGGGCUUCUGCUGCUUCAUCUCCCUAUCUACACAAAAUAUCCGAGAUGAGAAAGCCAAUUAUCAACAUUGAUAAGAUCUUCAUCUGGCUUCCAUCAACACUUGGUGAGCAAAGUGUCGAGCCCUCUUCAAUUCCGACUGGCCUGGAUAAGUCGGAUAUUGACUCUGUUAAUCUUGCAUCUGGCUUGGGCGAGUCCCGGAUUGAGGAAAAUAUUCUAGCCUCUGAAAUCUUCGCAUCCACUCGCCUAUCUGGGGUGAAUCGUUUGAAUCAGCAGCAAAAUAACCCUGAAAGCGAUCUCACCCAGCUAGAAGCUGAAGUAUUUUCUGUGGCUAUUCACUUUGACAUAGCUACCGGCUGGCUUUUGACAAAAGCAUGUCAAAAGGUCUCACAGGUAUUGGGUGCUGCUGAGACUCCCCGCUCCCAGAGACAGCCAUCCUCAGACCAAACAACUCAAUUUUCCAUCAAGCUUUCGGCUCGUGAGAUUUCCAUUAAGUUCCUUGAACACUUAUCGGGUCAACCUCAUUCUCUUGAGAGUACCGGAUCUCCUCUACCACCGUACACCUCCAUAGAAGACAUUGUCCUCAAAGCUACAGUAUCAGGCUUGAAAACUUACCUUUCGGUAAAUGAGAAGGCAACUCAAAUUCAAAUUGGUAUUGCCAAAGUUGCAUUUGGGUUUGGCUCUGAUGAUUUGAUAUCGUUCAACGAAUCAUUGAAGAUGCGUGAAUCUACCCGUGAUGUCAUGUCACCCUCGCAAGAAGAUAUUUCUUUGACGUUGACCAAGUUCACUGAAUCAGUCAAACUUGACGUAACCACACUUCCUCUUCAUCUCAAUCUGAACAUUCAGCGUUUGGAGGAGGUCCUGGGCUGGGUUGGUGGUCUUAGCACCAUAAUCGAGCUAGGAAGCUCCAUAUCGUCUGCCUCCACAAUGAAAGGAGGACCCAUCCCUCCAAGAAAACGCCCUCGAGGUGUUCACUUUGAAACCCCAGCUCCAGCAUCAGACAAAGAUCAUGCUUCUUCCGCUCCAUUGAAGGUCAAUGCCCGAAUCGGUGGCAUUGUGUUAGAUGUUACCGGAGAAACACACUAUCUCAAGCUCACUACGACUGCUGUUAAAAUGGUCAGCCGAUUUGAAGGGAUUGGUGUACAAAUUGAUAAAGCGCGUUUGAGUGGGCCCCAUUCCCUCACUAACUUCGUGGCUGCACCUGCUAAAGUUACCUUGACCAAUAUCCGCAUUGAGCAUCUUUUCACGCCGAAGGAAGUUGAUUUGGAUCGUCUUCUGACUUUGAUAACUCCUUCUCAGGACAAGUAUGACGAUGACGACGAUAUAAUGCUUGACACCCUUCUGCGGCAGAGACGACAGGGCUCUGUUCUUCGAGUGACAGUAGCAGGAAUGAAGACGACAAUUUCGAACAUCGGCGGCAUGGCACCUCUGUCGUCACUGGGAAGUGAAAUGAGUCGCUUGUCUAAUGUGACCAAAUAUCUACCAGAGGACGAUCGCCCUGGCCUACUUACAUUGACCUUGAUUCGCGACUUUGAAGCUCAUGUUCAAAUGAGAGGGGAGGUUGGUGAUAUCAAUGCGCAUCUUACAAAUGUUGAGGUCGGAUAUAUCAGCAUGCCUUCCCUCCUUGCUACCCAGAUAGGAACAAUGAAUGUCAACCGCAACGAAGAUGAAGAGCUGAUGGGUGAGGCUUCACUGCCUAGUAAAGAUCAAAGCUCAACUCAACCUCAUCCACCAGCUUUUAUGGCUCGAUUCAUACCAGAUGAGAUGGAUCCCACAUUCAAGAUUAAACUGCACCAUCUUCGCAUCGAGUAUACGAUACCUUCCAUCAUGGCAUUCCUUGGGCUGGGUUGUGAUACAACGGGCACCGACAUUGCCAACGAGAUGGCGAAUUCCAUUUCCAAUAUUGCAGAGCAUUCCUCUCGGAUGACCGCGAUGUCAUCAUUUUCAUCGCCAAUAUCAGAGACAUCGAGGUCUCCCAAGCCGAUGAAGUUAGCAGUUGUUUUUAGAGAUAGUGUUCUUGGUCUCAAUCCUCGUAAUUCACAAUCGAAGGGACUACUCGUGCUCACCAAUGCCAAAUUCAGCGGUGCCUUGCACGCCGAUGAAUCCUCAGACGCCACAUUGGAUAUCAGAAAAGCGUCUGUCAUGAUCAUUGACGACGUGAGAAAUGCAGGGAGUGCGGACAAUCUCCGUCAACGUAGCUCUGCUGCCACCCAAAGCAGUCAAGUGCAAGCAUAUAUAGAUGAGGGCUAUGUACCAGUGACGACGAUCUCCUCUGCAAUGGUCGUUGUCAAAAUGAUGCAUCUCAUCGAGGACGGGACAAAGUCAUUGGAUGUUGAACUGAGAGAUGACCUCCUGAUACUUGAGACGUGUGCAGAUUCAACGCAGACACUAAUUAGCAUACUGAAUGGACUCCAGCCCCCCACACCCCCGAGUGUUAUUGCCAAGUACCGAACAGAGGUCAUGCCAAUUCAAGACAUGCUUGCGUCAUUCACAGGAGAUGCCUUUACGACCAAUCCUACACAGUCAGUGCGCGACAAUCAUACACUGGAUGUAGUUCUGGAGGACGACUUGAACGAUGAACUUGAGUAUGUUAGCGAUUUCUACCCGGGGCCAGAGGGAACUGGGAUUGAUGACGAAAAACUGCAUCUGCAAGCGUCCGGCGCCAAUGACCCUCUGGACAGCUUCCAUUCCCAGUAUCAAGUUUCGUCCAGCCUCUCGGAGCUUGAUUUUCAAGAUGAUCAUUUCGCCAGACAGUCAGCUGUUGGAGGGACUGCUCAUCGCUGGAACUCCACUUACAAUACAUACGGCUUGACUAACGACAAGAAGCUUCAGCGAAGUCCUCUUCGUGUGAGAAUCCGGGAUAUGCAUAUAAUUUGGAAUCUUUUUGAUGGAUACGACUGGCAACGUACCCGUGAUACCAUCUCCAAAGCCGUCAACGAUGUUGAAAUCAAGGCUACCGAGCGACGAGCUCGUGCCUCACCCGAGACUGAAGAAGAUGAGGAGUCUGUCAUUGGUGAUUUCCUCUUCAAUUCAAUAUACAUCGGCAUUCCGGCGAACAAGGACCCACGCGAGCUGCAUCGUGAAAUCAACCGUGACAUCAACGACCUCGCCAGCGAGACUGGAAGCUACGCGACAACAACUACGAUCACCGGCGGUACUAGUCGCCCUAGUAGAUCUAGACCAGAUCGGGAGAAGAAUCUCCGUCUCAGGCGUAGCAAGCACCACAAAAUGACCUUUGAGCUCCGAGGUGUUUGUGCCGACUUGGUCGCAUUCCCACCAGGCUCUGGGGAAACCCAGAGCUCUCUAGAUGUGCGAGUGAGAGAUUUAGAGAUAUUUGACCACGUGCCUACCUCGACUUGGAAGAAGUUCGCAACCUACAUGCAUGAAGCUGGGGAGAGGGAGAGCGGCACUAGCAUGAUUCAUCUGGAAGUCCUAACCGUAAAGCCUGUUCCCGAGCUCGCUGCAUCGGAGAUUGUUCUCAAGGCCACGGUCUUACCCAUUCGCUUGAUUGUUGAUCAAGAUGCCCUGGACUUCAUGAGCCGGUUCUUUGAGUUCCGAGACGAAUCUGUCGAGGUCCCCAGCACUCCAGGAGACAUACCGUUCCUUCAACGAGUAGAGGUGAAUGCUAUCCAGGUGAAGUUGGAUUUUAAGCCCAAAAGAGUGGAUUAUGCCGGUCUCCGAUCUGGCCGUACAACGGAAAUGAUGAACUUCUUCGUGCUCGAUGGUGCCGAUAUGGUUCUACGACACGUUAUUAUCUAUGGAGUUUCCGGUUUCGAUCGUCUCGGUGUUAGUCUUAACGAUAUCUGGAUGCCCGAUGUCAAACGGAACCAGCUUCCUGGUGUACUUGCAGGUUUAGCGCCAAUACGGUCCCUUGUCAACGUAGGAGGCGGUGUGAAGGACCUCGUUGUCAUCCCGAUGCGCGAGUAUAAGAAAGACGGGCGCAUUGUGCGUAGCAUCCAGAAGGGAGCUCUGGCAUUUGCCAAGACUACAUCCAGUGAACUUGUUAAGAUGGGUGCCAAACUGGCAAUCGGAACACAGACGGCCCUUCAGGGUGCGGAAGAGAUGCUCACAUCCCCGACCGGUGCCUCUGGCGCUCCCGAUGAAGACUGGGACGAUGACGAAGAAGCCAAAAAGAUUUCUCCCUAUGCAGAUCAACCGAUCGGUGUUGUUCAGGGCCUCCGAGGUGCCUUCAGUGGUCUUGAGCGUGAUCUUCUCUUAGCUCGCGAUGCUAUUGUUGCUGUCCCCGGAGAAGUUGUUGAGAGUGGCAGUGCCAAAGCGGCAGCCAAAGCCGUGUGGAAGCGUGCCCCAACGGUGAUUCUUCGACCCGCGAUUGGAGUUUCGAAGGCUCUAGGGCAAACUCUUCUAGGAGCCGGAAAUACGCUGGACCCGAGUAAUAGGCGGAAAAUGGAAGAUAAAUAUAAACAUCACUGA